GUUCAUAUUCAUAAAAGAUGGCAGAUGGUGAGGAUAUUCAGCCCCUUGUCUGCGACAAUGGAACUGGAAUGGUGAAGGCAGGAUUUGCUGGCGAUGAUGCACCCAGGGCUGUGUUUCCUAGUAUUGUUGGCCGACCUCGCCAUACUGGUGUUAUGGUUGGGAUGGGUCAAAAGGAUGCCUAUGUAGGUGAUGAAGCCCAAUCCAAAAGAGGUAUUCUUACUCUAAAGUACCCUAUUGAGCAUGGUAUAGUCAGCAACUGGGAUGACAUGGAAAAGAUCUGGCAUCAUACAUUCUACAAUGAAUUGCGUGUUGCUCCUGAGGAGCACCCUGUGCUUCUAACGGAGGCUCCUCUCAACCCAAAGGCCAACAGAGAAAAGAUGACCCAAAUCAUGUUUGAGACCUUCAAUGUUCCCGCCAUGUAUGUAGCCAUCCAGGCUGUUCUCUCCCUCUAUGCAAGUGGUCGCACAACUGGUAUUGUUCUGGACUCUGGUGAUGGUGUAAGUCACACUGUACCAAUCUAUGAGGGGUAUGCACUUCCACAUGCCAUCCUUCGAUUGGAUCUUGCAGGGCGUGAUUUAACUGACUCUCUGAUGAAGAUCCUCACCGAGAGAGGGUACAUGUUCACCACCUCAGCUGAGCGGGAAAUUGUCCGUGACAUAAAGGAGAAGCUUGCAUAUGUUGCCUUAGAUUAUAAGCAAGAACUUGAGACGGCAAAGAGCAGUUCUGCAGUUGAGAAGAACUAUGAGCUUCCUGAUGGACAAGUCAUCACAAUUGGAGCUGAGAGAUUCCGUUGUCCAGAAGUUCUUUUCCAUCCAUCUAUGAUUGGAAUGGAAGCUGCUGGAAUCCAUGAAACCACCUACAACUCUAUCAUGAAGUGUGAUGUUGAUAUCAGGAAGGAUCUGUAUGGCAACAUUGUUCUUAGUGGUGGGUCUACCAUGUUCCCUGGUAUCGCCGAUCGUAUGAGCAAGGAGAUUACUGCGCUUGCACCUAGCAGCAUGAAGAUCAAGGUUGUGGCUCCACCAGAGAGGAAGUACAGUGUCUGGAUAGGAGGAUCAAUCCUUGCAUCUCUCAGCACCUUCCAACAGAUGUGGAUAUCCAAGGGUGAAUAUGAUGAGUCUGGCCCAUCCAUCGUCCACAGGAAGUGCUUCUAA